AUGCAUUGCAGAGGGAUUCUUCAUGAAAUAUGUUCCUUCCUCAGAAAGACUGAUUUGGUGCAGCUGCGACAAGUGUCACCUCUGUUUUGUGCCGUGGCAUCGACAUUUCUUCCUGAGCUGGAGUACCAGUGGUUGGUUUCCCCGGUUAUAUGUCAACUGGGCGUGGAACUUGCACCUCCAUGUGCGGUUUUGGCCAUGACGUUCUUGGAGCAGCAGCGAAAAUUGCUAGUUUGUACAGCGAGUGUGGAUCAUGGUGGUGUGGUGGAGUGUGGUUUCUAUACGCAUGAGGCGACCGCCCCUAAUGAAAGCACAAGACGUUAUGUGGAACUGCCCAGUAUUUACGGGAGCAGAGAUUCGCAGGUGCGGUUCGAAGGCCAGCGCUUUUUGCUCUGUAGAGCGGUGGAUGGGGCGCUGUUUGUUUUUGACUGCGCAUUGGAGGUCCAAGUUCGAAUUCCCCACGGAUGUGAAGAUUUUUUUGCAUCGAGGGAUGGCUCUCGCCUUAUAGUUCUACACGAGGGAUACCUGCAUUAUUUGGAACACUGUAGCAGCAUGUUACCCUGCUACUCCUCCUCUUAUCGGGCCUCUCAUAGGGGGUCUUUAUUAGUUCCCUUUGUUGAGCUAAGGCUGCAAAGGAGCCUGCUUUCAAUUCCAUUGGAAAUGAACAGCCUCGCGUGGAAUGCAGUGAGUAUUGGUAGAAACUCUGCUUUAUGUUUGCGUGAUAACACCGCGAUCGCCUUCACCGAGGAAUAUGAUGGCAGUAAAAGAAUUGUAUCAACGUGGUCCUUCGAGAGAGUGUCCUUUGGGUCCUGGGGUGAUGACGGCAUGUGCUGCACAUAUACGACGGCGUUAGGUGUCGAUGAAUAUGUCGUUGCCACCGUUGCUGGUGAAGCCCUUCAUUUCGUGCGGCCUUUCUCAAAGAGUGUGCUGGCGCGUAAGCUGGAGAUCUCUUCGCUUCGUCCCGCGCUUGUGCAGCGAUUCGAUGUACUGCAGCCGGGGUCUUCCUUUGCACUCGUCUUGCUUCGUCAACAAAUACAGGAAGUUUUCUUAUUCACAACGGACAUGAGUUUGGUGCGCUGCAUUAGGGUCGGUAAACCCUCUGCGAUGGCCAUACUGCCUUCGGAAGGUGUGAUGAUAGCUGCUCCACUGCCACACGCAACUCUCUCGGGUCACCCGCUCUUGGAAGCGGUCGAGAGUGGUGUGGGGACGGCCUUCUUUUUCGUGGGCGAUGGGGAGUCUCUCAGUGAGGCACCUCAAGGAAAAAAUGACGUCAGUGGUGUAGAGGUACUCUCAUGGAUAUCAUUCGGAUUAGUGAGUGCCUCUCUCAUGUGGACUGCGUCUGCUCUUGUGUAUAAUGGAUGGUGGCUUCAUCUUCAGCUCCUUUUCUGUGGGAAAAUGGCGUGA